GCUCCCUCCCUUCAACCAUUCUUUCUGAGGCUGCAACUGGGAAGGUCGCCGAGGAGAUGAGAAAGGUCCUACAGAAACUGGGGAAGGCAGAUGAGACGAAGGAUGAGCAGUUUGAACAGUGUGUCCAGAACUUUAACAAGCAGCUGACUGAGGGCACCCGGCUGCAGAAGGACCUCCGGACCUAUCUGGCUUCGGUCAAAGCCAUGCACGAGGCCUCCAAGAAGCUGAAUGAGUGUCUGCAGGAAGUGUAUGAGCCCGACUGGCCUGGCAGGGAUGAGGCAAACAAGAUUGCUGAGAACAAUGACUUGCUGUGGAUGGAUUACCACCAGAAGCUGGUGGACCAGGCACUACUGACCAUGGACACCUACCUGGGCCAGUUCCCUGACAUCAAGUCACGCAUUGCCAAGCGAGGGCGUAAACUGGUGGACUAUGACAGUGCCCGGCAUCACUACGAGUCCCUUCAAACAGCCAAAAAGAAGGAUGAAGCCAAAAUCGCCAAGGCAGAGGAGGAGCUCAUCAAAGCCCAGAAGGUAUUUGAGGAGAUGAAUGUGGACCUGCAGGAGGAGCUUCCAUCCCUGUGGAACAGCCGAGUAGGUUUCUAUGUCAACACGUUCCAGAGCAUAGCAGGCCUGGAGGAAAACUUCCACAAAGAAAUGAGUAAGCUCAACCAGAACCUCAAUGAUGUGCUGGUCAGCCUGGAGAAGCAGCAUGGGAGCAACACCUUCACAGUCAAGGCCCAGCCUAGUGACAACGCCCCUGCAAAAGGGAACAAGAGUCCUUCGCCUCCUCCAGAUGGUUCUCCUGCAGCCACCCCUGAGAUCAGAGUGAACCAUGAGCCGGAGCCAGCCAGUGGGGCCACACCUGGGGCCACCAUCCCCAAGUCCCCAUCUCAGCUCCGGAAAGGCCCACCUGUCCCUCCGCCUCCCAAACAUACCCCGUCCAAGGAGGUCAAGCAGGAGCAGAUCCUCAGCCUGUUUGAUGACGCGUUUGUCCCUGAGAUCAGCGUGACCACCCCCUCCCAGUUUGAGGCCCCAGGGCCUUUCUCGGAGCAGGCCAGCCUGCUGGACCUCGACUUUGACCCCCUUCCUCCUGUGGCCAGCCCUGUGAAGGCACCCACACCCUCUGGUCAGUCUAUUCCAUGGGACCUCUGGGAGCCCGCAGAGAGUCCGGCUGGCAGCCUGCCUUCCAAGGAGCCCAGUGUUGCCGAGGGCACCUUUGCUGUGGCGUGGCCCAGUCAGACAGCCGAGCCGGGGCCUGCCCAACCAGCAGAUGCAUCCGAGGUGGCGGGUGGGACUCACCCUGCGGCUGGAGCCCAGGAACCCGGGGAGACGGCAGCGGCGGCAAAUGAAGCAGCCUCUAGCUCUCUUCCGGCUGUGGUGGUGGAGACCUUCCCGGCAACUGUGAAUGGCACUGUGGAGGGCAGCAGCGGGGCCGGGCGCCUAGAUAUGCCUCCAGGCUUCAUGUUCAAGGUGCAGGCUCAGCAUGACUACACGGCCACUGACACAGAUGAGCUGCAGCUCAAGGCUGGUGAUGUGGUGCUGGUGAUCCCUUUCCAGAAUCCUGAGGAGCAGGAUGAAGGCUGGCUCAUGGGUGUGAAAGAGAGUGACUGGAACCAGCACAAGGAGCUGGAGAAAUGCCGAGGUGUCUUUCCUGAGAACUUCACGGAACGUGUGCAGUGACAGCGGAGCUCUUGCAGCCACCUGGGCGUGUGAAGAGCGCCUUUCCCGGAAAAUGUGUGUUUCUUUUUCCUUCUUUUUGUUUUUCUCCCUCCCCCUGUUUUUUUUUUUUUCUUCUUCUGUUUUUGUUUUUAAACUUUUGAAAUGCAAAGGGAAACGGAGAGAGGAGAGACCUGCAGCCAAGUGGUAUUCUCUCAAAGACUAGGUUGUUUUUCCAAAGAACCCAGCCCCGGCUAGUCCGGUGGAAUUCGCCAGUGUUCCUGAAGCUGCUGUGUCCCCUAGUUGAGUUCUGGUGUCCCCGCCCACACCCGCAUGUGUGCCCGGCCGCGGGGCGGGCUGGGGGACCCCAAGCCACCGCUGUGCUUGCCUGAAGCUUUGGCCAUGCCACCUGGGCAAAGGUCCUCUUCUCCUGGCAGCUGCUGUGGACGGGCCGGGUACCAUCCCCGUCUGGCCCUGCCCCGCAGAACAUCUGUGUGCUGUUUGAAAAUAAACCCUAGUGUUCCGAACAAAACAAGAAAAACAAACAAAAACCUGA